GACUGUCCGUCGUUCCCAGGGUUCCGUGAGAGCCGUUUGCCCCACCCCACCUCUUCUUCAACGCUAUCUAUCUCAAUGUGCAAUUCUCUGAGAAAAAAAAGUAUCAUUCACAGCCUCCACACCGCCAAGGAAACAUUGCGUGUCUACACUUCCCGGCAACAGGCGCGACCCUUCGGCUUGUUCAAAAAAAUACAACUUCUGUGUCUACGCUGGAUGAGGUGCUUGAAAACACGGCGGUAGGUUCCAUGUCUGCUGCCUCACAUGUAAGCACCAUCUAUUAAUGACUACAAGGGGGAUCAUACAACAAGACGGCCUGGAGGAUCUCCAUCCACAAACACCUGGACGUCGAGCUGCGUUCAAGGACACCCAGCUGCCCGAAGAACUGACAAAAAAAACACCACCGAGGAUCUUUUCACAUAAAUGACGAGAGGAAAAAGCACUGGGGAGAAGGGGCCUUUUUAAGGGGGUGGGGGGGUCUUGAUCUUUCAUUUUGUCAGCAUAAGGGAAGAAAAGAAGGCACUACAUCGACGAUUUUCCAAGUGGAGCCGUCAUUUUUGAGAGGAAAUAUACGUUUUUUUUAUUCACCUACAAGCUUGAAAUGGAUCUAGCCAAGAUGGGCUCCGGUGGAUAUUAAGGAUAAGAGAAGGUUUUUUUUCCAGAGGAAGAGUGGCGUGUUCAUCCAUGUCCAUUUCACAUCCCCUGGUAGUAGAUGACUUCAUUGCGGAUUUACAGCCUGUGCUUCUCUCCUGACUUUCUUGUUGCCAGUAAAUAGCCACAUCCAUCCAUCAGUCAUCCAGCCAUCCAUACUGGGCCAGGAGCCUUCCACACCUCCGCCUCAUGUGCAUCCCUCACAUUCUGAGCCGGGUCUUCCACUCUUGGGCCCGUCUAGGAAUUUAGAUCCAUUCCCCCCCUUCCCUCAAUCCCCUUCUUCCCCUUUACCAAACCCAAGUCAUUGCUCUUGAACCUACCAUCUUGGGAUUUUGUUUGUUUUUGGGGGAGGAAGAUGGGCUGUCUCGGCAACGGUAAAACGGAAGAUCAACGAAAUGAGGAGAAGGCCCAGAGGGAAGCCAACAAGAAGAUCGAGAAGCAGCUCCAAAAAGACAAACAGAUAUACCGGGCCACGCACCGGCUACUACUACUAGGGGCUGGCGAAUCUGGGAAAAGCACGAUAGUCAAGCAGAUGCGAAUAUUGCACGUCAAUGGCUUUAACUCAGAGGAAAAAAAGCAGAAAAUUCAUGACAUUAAAAACAACAUUAAAGAAGCUAUAGAGACCAUCGUGUCCGCCAUGAGUACGCUCACACCGCCGUGCCAGCUAGCCUGCCCUGCUAACCAGCCCCGCAUCGACUAUGUCCAAAAUCAAAUCAACCAGAAGGAUUUCGAGUUUCCGUCGGAGUUUUAUGACCAUGCAAAGACCCUUUGGCAGGACGAGGGUGUGCGGGCCUGCUGGGAAAGAUCCAACGAAUAUCAGCUCAUCGACUGUGCACAGUACUUCUUAGACCGGGUGGAUGUGGUUCGACAACACGACUAUACACCGACUGACCAGGACCUGCUGAGAUGCAGGGUGCUGACAUCCGGCAUCUUUGAGACAAGAUUUCAAAUCGACAAAGUCAAUUUUCACAUGUUUGACGUCGGCGGGCAGAGGGAUGAACGUCGAAAAUGGAUCCAGUGUUUUAACGACGUGACUGCUAUUAUUUUUGUGGUGGCGAGUAGCAGCUACAACAUGGUGAUCAGGGAGGACAAUCAGACCAACAGACUACAGGAGGCCCUCAAUCUCUUCAAGAACAUUUGGAACAACAGGUGGUUACGUACCAUUUCCGUAAUCCUCUUCCUUAACAAACAGGAUCUCCUUGCUGAGAAGGUUUUGGCAGGGAAGUCCAAAAUUGAGGAUUAUUUUCCUGAGUUUGCACGCUACACAACACCUGAUGACGCAAUACCAGAACCAGGUGAAGAUCCACGUGUCACCAGGGCAAAGUACUUCAUACGGGAUGAGUUUCUGAGGAUCAGCACAGCCAGCGGGGACGGUCGCCAUUACUGCUACCCCCACUUCACCUGCGCUGUGGACACGGAAAACAUCCGGCGGGUCUUCAGCGACUGCCGCGACAUCAUCCAGAGGAUGCACCUACGACAGUACGAGCUCUUGUGAUGCGGGGGCUUCCUCCAACACCCUCCCAUAUUUCUACCCCCCACCACCAUUCAGCCAGUCAACAUCCAUAUACAUUCAUCAAGAAGAAGAUCAAGACAUAGGAACACACACAUACACACACACUACAGUCACAUGACCCCUCCUGCUGUUUAUUCACCGCGUGCUGAAGACCAAUCAGGAGAAGAGGAUGUGAAAAAGACGGCUGAUUAAAGCAGAAGAGGGUUUUUUUUUUUGUUGUUGCACGGGGACGGACAGAUGGGAACCCUACACGGUGCGGAAAGUGGAAAUAUAUACAUACGGUAUAUGCAGUGGUGUGAAAAAAAUGAUUGCCCCCUUCCUGAUUUCUUAUUUUUUGCAUGUUUGUCACAUUUAAAUGUUUCAACUCAUUAAAGUAAUUAUUUAAUUAUUAGCCACUGACAACACAGCUGAACACAAUGAAAAUCUUUAUUAUUAAGAGAGAAAAAAAAUAAAAUCUAUGUGGCCUUAUGUGGAAAAAGGGAUUGCCCCAACAUAACUGAGAUUAAUCGAAAUACAUCUGUCUGGAAAAGGUUAUAAGACUAUUUCUAAUCUUUAGGACUCCAGCAAACCACAGUAAGAGUCAUUAUCCACAAAUGCCGAAAACAUGGAACAGUAGUGAACAUUCCGGCCAAACAUAAUUAUCCCAAGAGCGCAGCAACAACUCAUCCAAGAAGUCACAAAAGACCCCACAACAACAUCUAAAGAACUGCAGGUCUCACUUGCCUCACUUAAGAUCAGAGUUCAUGACUCCAUCAUAAGGCAAAACGGCCUGCGUUUUAGAGUUCCAUAUUCAGUAGUUGUUGAUCAAUGAACGAAAACCACUGCUGAGAAAAAGUGCUUGUCUCAGUUUUGCAAGAAAACAUCUUCAUGAUCCCCUUAACCUAAUAAGUUUUGGAAGGUGUGUGUCCCAUUACAUCUGGUGUAAAACUAAUGCCGCAUUUCAGAAAAAGAACAUCAUACCAACAGUAAAAUAUAGUGGUGGUAGUGUGAUGGUCUAUGUCUGUUUUGCUGCUUCAGAAACUGGACUUGCUGUGAUAAAUAGAACCAUAAAUUUUGCUGUUUACCAAAAACUCCUCAAAGAGAAUGCCCGGCUAUCUGUGUGCAACCUCAAGCUGAAACCAACUUGGGUUCUGCGGCAGGACAAUGAUCCUAAACGCACCAGCAAGUCCACAUUUGAAUGGCUGAAGAACAACAAAAUGAAGACUUUGGAGUUAUCUAGUCCUGACCUGAAUCCUAUUGAGAGGCGGUUCAUGCUGGAAAACCCUAUAAUGUGGUGGAAUGACGAUUCUACAAAGACGAGUGGGGCAAAAUUCAUCCACAGACUUAUUGCUAAAAGAUUGAUUGCUGUUGUUUCUGCUAAGUUCUUAGGUUUAGGAGGCAAACACAGGGCCAUGUAGGUUUGGAUUUUUUUCUUCUAAAACACUGAAUGUUGUGGUCAGUUACAUUGUCGGUGACUAAUAUUUAGUCUGAUCUGAAACAUUAAUGUAUAUAUGCAAAUUAAGCAAUCAGGAAGGGGGCAAACACUUCACACCAUUGUGUAUGUAUGUAUGUAUGUUGUUGUGUGUGAGGGUGUGCACUGCUUUAUGGAGAAUGGAUGCAACACAGACAGUGAAAACACACACCUCCUCCUCCGGCCUUCCUCCACACAUUCCCCCUCACCUCACCUCCUCACAUGGCUUCUCGACUUUACUGCUGGACUAUUAUUCUUGUACAGACUGUAAAAUGUAUGAUUUUGUACAACUUUAUUGAAGAAACAAGAAAAAAGACUCAUAGAAGAUCCCUGUGCCUUGAUCACGACUGUACGUGUACAAAAAAAACAAAACAAAAAUAUGAGCUAAUGUAAGUUAUGUUUUCACUGCGCUGUACAGCUGGACGGGAGGCCUUUUUGUCUGUCGCUUCAUUUCCUUUCAUUCGCCUCCCUCGCCACUCUACUUUUGUUUUGCUUUCAGGUUUCUGUACGAUGAGGACAAAAAGAUGAGCAGCCACCUUAAUGCUGUGUAGUGACAAAAACCGAACCUUAACACAUCCUAAUAUAUAUAAAAUAUAUGUCAGAUUUUAUAUUUUAUAUAUAUAUAUAUAUAUAUAUGUACACCUAUAUCUCCCUUGUGAGCUCUCUUCCCCCCCUCCUCCAGUUUGCUUUCUGUCAGAAUCAUCAAGGGCAGACAUUGUGGGGAUGGGUUUGGGUCUUUUUUUUUAUUUUUACUUUAGCUUUAACUCUCUUUGAAAAGGGGAGGGAAAUAUCAAAUUGCAAAGCAUUGCUUGUUUCUACAUAAACCAAAUUCUUUUUUUUGCUUAAACAAUAAGAAAUGGCUUCCAGUGUUUGCUUCAUUCAAUUGUGAUCCCUUAUCAUUCUUGCAUCACAACCCAAACACAGGGCCCAUUUUGGUUAAAGGUCCCCUUUAUGCAAAAAAAAAAAGGCAGGCUUCACUGCACAUCUUAAAGUACAUCUCUAACAACCACUAACCAUUAUCAUAGGGCUUACUGAAGGCACUUUCAAUCUCAUUUUCAAUAUAAUUUAGAAUACACCAUUAUGGGACUUGUUAACAUUGUAGGACCUUUAACUUUGAUAUUGCUUGCUCUAAAAGGGUACAACACAAAAAAUAGAAUCUUAAAUUAAACGCUUUUUUUAAUUCAAGGAGCAAUUUGAAAAGACAUCUGGGAUUUAAAGCUCAAACAUCACCU